AUGUCAUUUCGUCUUCCAGCAAGGACACUCUGGCAAGCUGCCCCGAGAUUCGCGAGUAUACCACGAGUAGCUCCUCAGACAGCACGUUGGGCUCGCAGUUACGCAGUUGCAUCGGAUCAAAAUCGGACAGCCAUAGUAACAGGCUCUGCUCGUGGAAUCGGCAAGGCCAUUGCUCUUCGACUAGCUAACGAUGGAUAUGAUGUCUGCAUCAACGACAUAGAAGCCAACAAAUCUGAAGCCGACGAAGUUGUGAAACAGAUACAAGGCUUAGGGCGCAAGUCCUUCUCAUAUAGCGCCGAUGUAUCGAACCUGAGCCAGGUCCAGGGCCUAGUGAAAGCGUCUGUUUCAGAACUAGGACCAUUAAACACCAUGGUAGCGAAUGCCGGUAUCGCGCAAGUCAAGGCGCUGCUCGAUCUUACAGAGCAGGAUCUCAAGCGUAUGUUCGAAGUGAAUGUAUAUGGCGUCUACAACUGCUAUGCUACCGCAGCGAAGCAGAUGAUCGAACAAGGCAGUGGCGGCAAGAUCCUCGGCGCAGCAUCAAUCGUGGCUUUCAAGCCUUUCGCCCUCUUGUCUCACUACAGCGCCUCCAAGUGGGCCGUUCGUGGCCUUACUCAAGCCUUUGCUAUGGAAAUGGCUGAACACAAGAUCACUGUGAACGCGUAUGCGCCUGGUAUCGUUGGCACCGCUAUGUGGGACCUCAUUGAUGAGAAAUUGGGUGAGAAGACAGGCGCGAAGAAGGGGGACACGAUCAAGAAGUACACAAAUGAGUUGAUCGCAUUAGGCCGAACAAGUGUGCCUGAGGAUGUGAGCAGCACGGUCAGCUUCCUGUGCAGUAAGGACAGCGACUAUAUGACGGGGCAGACCAUUGUCAUUGAUGGGGGUAUCAUCUUCACUUGA